ACUUCCCGCGCGACAUCCUGCGGAGAACAUGGCGUCGCUGAGCGGUGUCCGCUGGCUGACCCGAGCACUGGUCUCCGCCAGCAACCCUGUGGCAUGGAGAGGUCUGGGUACGUCGGUCGCGGCGCAGGCCUCCUUGAAGAACCAGGCUGAGGACAUGAGGGUGGAGGGUGCUUUUCCCGUGACCAUGCUGCCAGGAGACGGUGUGGGGCCUGAGUUAAUGCACGCCGUCAAGGAAGUGUUCAAGGCUGCUGCUGUCCCAGUGGAGUUCCAGGAGUAUCACCUGAGCGAGGUGCAGAAUAUAGCAUCUGAGGAGAAGCUGGAUCAGGUGCUGAGUUCCAUGAAGGAGAACAAAGUGGCCAUCAUUGGAAAGAUCCAUACCCCAAUGGAGUAUAAGGGGGAACUAGCCUCCUACGAUAUGCGGCUGAGGCGUAAGUUGGAUUUAUUUGCCAAUGUAGUCCAUGUGAAGUCACUUCCUGGGUAUAUGACUCGGCACAACAAUCUAGACCUGGUGAUCAUUCGAGAGCAGACAGAAGGGGAGUACAGCUCUUUGGAACAUGAGAGUGCAAGAGGUGUGAUUGAGUGCUUGAAAAUUGUCACACGAGCCAAGUCUCAGCGGAUUGCAAAGUUUGCCUUUGACUAUGCCACCAAGAAGGGGAGGGGCAAGGUCACUGCUGUCCACAAGGCCAACAUCAUGAAACUUGGGGAUGGGUUAUUCCUGCAGUGCUGUGAGGAGGUUGCAGAACUGUACCCCAAAAUCAAAUUUGAGACCAUGAUUAUCGACAACUGCUGCAUGCAGCUGGUGCAGAAUCCUUACCAGUUUGACGUGCUCGUCAUGCCCAAUCUCUAUGGGAACAUUAUUGACAAUCUGGCUGCAGGCCUGGUUGGGGGAGCUGGCGUGGUCCCUGGUGAGAGCUACAGUGCAGAGUACGCAGUAUUUGAGACGGGUGCCCGCCACCCGUUUGCCCAGGCAGUGGGCAGGAAUAUAGCCAAUCCCACGGCCAUGCUGCUGUCAGCUUCCAACAUGCUACGGCAUCUCAACCUUGAAUAUCACUCCAGCAUGAUUGCAGAUGCGGUGAAGAAGGUGAUCAAAGUCGGCAAGGUGCGGACGCGAGACAUGGGCGGCUACAGCACCACAACUGACUUCAUCAAGUCUGUCAUCGGCCACCUGCACCCCCAUGGGAGCUAGAGCCCUUUAUUCCUCCCAACCUCACAAGGACCAUACUACAUAUACAUCCCUUCAGUACAGUGGACCAGGGAAGAAACCCUGAACCUCUAGACAGUGGACCAUAAUCACCUUUUUGAGCAGAGCCUAGGUUGUCCUAGGGCUGGCUUCCUUAGGGAACAGUAUCUGGUGGGUGGUGGUGGUGGGAGUUAGGGGCGGGGUCCAGGCUGCAGGGAUGAUGACCAUUCUCCCCCACAGGUUCGAACCUCUGACAUGGGUGGCUAUGCCACUUGCCACGACUUCACUGAGGCUGUCAUUGCUGCCCUGCCCCACCCAUAGGUCCUGCCCACACCCAUGUAAGAUAUUAAAUAAAACAUGAACCAA